AUGGAUCCUGAUGACGAAGGACCAAGCAAGUGUAGUCGUAAAACAGCUUUAUCUCUGUUUCUUUUCCUUGAAUUGACAGCAUAUUUAUUUAGCUGUAUUGCUCUUAUAAGUCCAAGUUGGCAGUACGUAUAUCUCGAAAAUGGACGUACAGAGCAUCACCAUGGAUUAUGGCUCGAUUGUAAGCGUGAUUAUUCUCAUGAUUAUGGUCGUAGUCGCGAAUAUUAUGAAACUCUGUACAGACUUGAUAAGCAACAGUCACCGUUUGACCAAUUUUUCCUCACAUCAUUAUUAUGUGUUUACAAAUUUGAUUAUUAUAUUGAUGCAGAAGAUCUUUACGAUCAUAAUCAUGAUGAAAAUCGCCUUCAGGAUGAUGCUUAUCAACAUCUGUUUUUAGGGUGGAAGAUUGCUUCAUUGGCUGCCCUUGGAUUUGCUGUUCUCACUGCUGGAGCUGCACUUUUGUUAUCCAUCUGCGCUUUCUGUCACCGUACUCUAAUUUGCGCUGCUGCUGUUCUUGUCACUGUUUCUGCGUUACUCUCAUCAGUGGGCUUGCUAAUAUUUUAUAUUUGGGCUAGUUAUCAGGACAAUAGCAUUCUCAAAGAAGAUGAUGGAAUUUACCAGCAGUAUUUUGGGUGGGGAUUUUAUGUGCAGAUAGGAGGCACGACGAUUUAUUUUCUGGCAUCCUUUGUAGGUUGUGCGGUCACUUCAGUGGCAUUCAAAAAAAAUGGUCCAAAACUUGUUAAAAUUGAGGUGGUUAAUGGCGACAAUUCAACAUUGCUUGAUAGAACAUUUUUACCAGAAUUUAAACGCUCGUUUUCAGCGGUUUAUAAAUUGGAUUCAGGAGCUCUGCAGAAAUGGGAAAAGGAUUAUUUGAAUAUGAUGCAAAAACAUAAUACUAUACAGAAAAGUUGGUGUAGCUCAAAGGAUUGUAAGAUCACCAAACCAAUAUCAAGUUCACUUAAGAGCAUUGACCAGUGCAAUUUAGAUACAGCUGUUGAGGCAUUCAUUUCAUUUCCAGAAAUAUGUCUACCACAUCUUAAUACUGUUCCAAAGUCUAUUCUCAAAACUUCAUCUCAACAGUCCACAAAGUUCAAGUCACAGGAAAAUAAGCACUUAAUUGAUGAUCCUAAUCUGACUUAUGAAUAUCUGCCUUCUGCUGAUAAAUUGCAAAGCACAGGAACGAUCAGUAAAUCAUUUGCAACUGAGUUUAUGAAUAACAGUUUAACUCAUCAAAUCAAAGAUUCCUCUAGUCUUCGUGCUCAUUCAAAAACUUCAAUUAAUGUAUAUGAUGAGGUCUACGAGUACAUUCCGAACAAAGACAGUUUUGACGAAAGCAAAUUUUGUGGUCAAGGUAAAAUAAUCGAAGAAAUGUAG